AUGACGCCCUAUCCCCCCUCAGAGGCCGACGACACAGACGUCUCCCCACCGCCUCCACCAUCUGUCCACAACUGCACGACCACCGAAGAACUCCAGGCUGCACUCGCCCACCUAAACGCGCAGGAAACAGCCGUCACGACUCGCCUCGAUGCGCUCCUCAGCACCCAGACAGAGCUCACCCACUCCCUCGGUCGCCUGGAUCUCAUCCGCGCGCACCUGGGAACGCAGGUCGUCGCCGCCCGGUCCCUCACAAAUAGCAUGCUGUCCCCCGUCGCCAGCACCGCCGCGCGCGUCACCGGCGCCGUGAAACGUCUCGACAUCGAGCAAUCGCGCGUCAAAGCCACCCUAGAGGUCGUUGAGCAGGUCGCAGAACUCAAAGCAUGUGUUCUCGGCGUGACAGGGUCCAUGGGUGCGCCUCAGGACUGGGAGACGGCUGCGGGGUAUCUAGCGAGGUCGGCAAAGGUGCCGGAGCACAUCGUCAAGGGCGAGUUUGCGGAGGAGAUGGUGCCGACGGCGGAGGUGCCUGACCCGCCGAGUGUGACGUUGGAGAAUGCGGCGGAGGCGUUGUGUGGGCUGUUUUUGAGGGAGUUUGAGAAAGCAGCGGCAGCCGGGGAUGGCGAGAAGGUGACGAGGUUUUUUAAGCUGUUUCCGUUGAUUGGGAGGACGGAGGUGGGGCUGGAGGUCUAUGGGAGGUACGUCUGUCAGGGUGUCAGUGCGAGGGCGAGAGAGACAUUGGCGAACCGGAGAACCUCGGGAGAUGGUGUGGGAUUGGGCGAUUUCUUUUAUGGCAAUUCCAUGAGCCGACUGUUUGAGCACAUCGCAAACAUCGUAGAGCAGCAUGGGAAGUUGGUUGAGCGGCACUAUGGUGAAGGCCGCAUGGUAAAGGUUAUCGAACGGCUGCAAGUCGAGGCUGACACCCAGGCCGGUAUUCUCAUUGAUACCUUCGGUGAUGAGCGCAAUGUCGAUAGAAAGCUCACCGAUAUCAAAUCCUACGCCUUCUCCUUCUUGGUCCAAUCCUUCCUUCCACAGACCCGUAGUGCUAUGGGAACCCCUCGCUCGUCUUCUCCGGCACCGGGCGCACCCCGCAUGUCCGAAGACGAAGGCGUCGACGUUAAAGAAAUCGACAUGUUGCUCUCAGAACUCGGUAUGAUGCUUAGCCGUUGGUCCUUGUACUGCCGCUUUAUCGCCCGUAAAUGCCUCCCACCCCAACCCGAUCCCUCGACCGAUGCCGAAGUGGCAAUCCCAUUGACGCUCCCGCCUCUUCUCCAAAACUCCCUCCUCGCCCAGAAAGUCGAGUCCCGUCUGCUGCUUCCCUUCUCUGCAAUGACCACAUUCUUCUGCCGGCGCUCCGUCGAGAAAGCAUUCCAGCUCGACGAAGCCCCCUCCGACCUCACACUCUCCCUCAGCUCCCCCGUAUCUACAAUCUCAAACGCCCCCUUCAUCACCUCCGCCGUCGACGACGUAAUGUACAUUGUGCAAACACUCCUCCAACGCACCCUCAACACCUCCCAGCGCGGCCUCGUCACCACCGCAAUCUCCACCAUCGGCCGCGUCCUCAGCGGCGACUUCAUCGGCAUGAUCCAACGCAAGAUGCAAACCGAGUCCUACCCCAAGGGCGCCACCGCCUCCUCCCCACCCCCCGACGCAAAAGUAAUCUCCUUCCUCGUGCUCAUCAACAAUCUCGACAUCGCCACCGAAUACAACACGCGCAUCAUCACAUCCUUCGCGACCGCCACCUCCGCCCCCGUCCCCGGCACCAUCGGCAACGUCGCCCUCGAAGAGAUCUUCCCCUUCCAGAACGAUGCCGCGGCCGUCAGAGACGCACUGCGGGGCAUGGAGGGCAGCUUCGAGGCCAAGGCCGGCGAGCUCGUCGCGGACGGCAUCACCGUGUUCUUCAACCAGGUUGUGAAGCCGCGGCUGCGCCCACUGCUGACGGAGGCGUUCCGCGACGUCGAGUAUGUGGUCUCUGACCGGGCGGGCGCUGCGGAGGCAGAUCCCGACGGCGAUGCGGAGCCGGACGACGGCGAGAUUGUAAGGCGCAGGUUUCAGGAGGGGUGGGAGGCGCUGAUGACGCCGUAUAAGCGCAUCCUGACGGCGCGCAUGUAUUCGAAGCUGCUAGGGACCACGGCGGGGUACUUUGCGAGGCUGCUGGAGAAGCGGGUGUGGGGGUAUGCGGGGAGGAUAAAUGAGCUGGGAGCCAUCAGGCUGGAGAGGGAUGUGGCGGGUGUGGUGGGCGUGGUGGUAAGGGGGGGCAUGUAUGGUGUGAGGGAUACGUUUUUGAGGUGCACACAGAUCUGUCUGUGUGUUAAUAUGGAGGAGGAUGAGGUUGCGGACAUGUUGGAGGGGACUGAUGGCGUAGACUGGAAGUUGGAGGUGGACGAGAGGAGACGGGCGAGGGGGAUGGUGGUGGAGAGGAGGUAG